GGUUUUUUUUAUCCAAACAUUUUUAUUUACGACGAACAUGGCAAAGUGGAUUGACGUUGCUCAUUUAUACUUGGGUGUUUUACUAUACCUUGCCAAUACAUUUUCCUUCGGCAAUGGACACUUCUACAAAAUUAGGAAAAGUGAAUGCAUAGCAAAUGGCGCUUAUUUUAGCAAUGUUUCGUGUAUUUUGAAGCCCAUAAGUUGGACUCGAUCAGUUAUGAACAUGGACUGCGACGUUAAGGAUGUCUUAACUAAUAUUAAAAUGACGGUAGACGUUGCCUACAAGGAUUCUUCAAAUCUUUACAAACCCUUUGCCAUUAGGUUUUCCUUUGAAAUUUGUCAACUUUUAAAAAAUAAAACAGAAUAUAAUAUUUUGGAAAAAUACACUAUGGGUCAUCUGCAGGCCUGGACUAAUGUAAACCACAGUUGCCCUCUUUCUGUAAGUUUUUGAAGCGAUCAUAUUUUAAUAACAACAAUUUAGUAUUUGCAUAUUUUGGGCCAUUUGUUUGCGCGUGACUUACGAUUGGAUGAGGUGUCUUUGCCCCCACUACCGAUUCAGGAUUACAAAAUUACUUUUAAUUUUUCAGGAUCCAAACCAUGGAAACACUAUGGAGUGGUUGUAAUUUAUUUCGAAGUUCUGGAGGAUUAUUACAAGAACAAACGAACUAAACCAAGGCCAAAGUCUAUUGUUUUUGUUUAAAAUGUAUCAC